GAGUGUUUCACUUCCGAUCAGCGAAUAUUUUUUAGUUAUUCCACUGAAUAAAGACACAAUUGCAGUGAAAAAACACGGAAAACCACGCGUGCCAGGUGCCCAAGAGGUGGGAUUAAACGGGAAACAACUGAAAGUGCCAUUGAACAGCGAGGAAAAGCGAAGGAAAAACGCCGCAGCAAAGUGAAAAAAGCAAUAGGGAGUUGUGGAGUGGGAGUGAGAGUGAGAGGGAGAGGGAGGGAGCGCCAUCGCGGUGGUGGGUGUACGUGUGCGUGUGCGUGCAUUGGUGUUGUGUCCGUAUCCGUGUUAUCGCCAGCAGCAUUGAGUUGCUCCAAAUUCGCGGCGCACGCGCAGGACAAUAGCUCGCGCUCUCUGGCUCUCUUUCUCAACUUAGAAACGGAACAGGAUAUUUUAUUAUACUGAAAUUCGUACGCAGGAAAUUCGCAUAGUUGCGAAAGCUCCGCGCUGCCACACGGACGCAUUCCGCUGCUGGCUCCCCCGCACACCCUCACCCACACACACGCGCCCGCUCACACACUCGCGCAGAAAUCAAUUAAAAGCCAAAAAGAUAAGUUGCAGUUUUUCCGGGAACCCAAAAACAUGCUGAAAUUAACACACAAGUGGCGAAAAAAAUGCCGCAGCAAAACAGUUGCAGGGAAAGCGGUGAAAACGACGAAACUGUGAAACGAAAAGAAUGGCAACGAAAGGACAGCGGAGAAAGUAGCAAAGCGCAAAGAGAGAGGCUGCAAGGAUGUACUGCCAUUUCGAGUUCCAAGCCAUUGACCACCGAACCAGCGAUUUGUCUCUAACAACAAAAGCACCCACGUAGCUAUUUGCAAUUUGCAUUUUGCGUUCUGACUGCCCCGGAAGUAAAAGCAGCUUCAGCGGAAAUUAAAGCAAAUCGAAGUCGAAAUAAGUGGCAGAGCAGAGCGGGCGAGAAAGAGAUAGAGAAAGAGCGAGCUACCGAGAGAGCCAGUGCAUCCUCUUACAGCACGGCACACAUUUACGACCGGUGACUGCAACUGGCCCACUCCUCCGACUCCGGAUCCGCCUACCGCCUCCCGCCCCUCCCCCUCUCGCCCUCCCCCAGUUGUCCCUUGCAAUUUGUGAUCUCAUGUUUUCAUAACUCGGGCAGCAGCCGUUGGCACGGAUUAGACGGAAAACGUCAGGCGUCAGGACGUCAGGAGGCAUCCAGUUGCAAAGUGCAGGACUCUCAACUCACAACGAAUAAACCGAACUUGCAUUUUUAUAUCGCAUUUUUGUAAGGAACCAAAGGAACGUGUUCAGCAUUGACCAAAUGCCAUCGCUACCAGCUCCAGUUGGACGAGCAAGCAAAUACGGCAAUUAACAGAAGUUGCCUUCGAACGAAACCCCACCCAAGGCGAGAGGAAAGGACAGGAACGAAGAAGGAUAUUCCCAAUCGGAUCCCCACUAAUAAAUGCAGUGGAAGAAGAAGUUUACUCGAUUGAAAGCAGCUACUGGAAAUUCGCGUGUGCGAAGAAUGCUUUGUUGUGGACGUAGAAAGGAGAAUGGAAGAUCAGUUCCUGAUGUCACUGCCAGCCCGGGACGCGCUCCUCCCGGCCCGCUGCCCGCCAACCAGCUGUCCUCGCUGGGCAACCAACAACAUCAUGGCAACCAUCAUGGAAACCAGGGCAACCACCGCGGCCCAAGCGGUAGUCUGUCGAACGCAGCAGGGGUCAAGGACCCGGUGAUGCUCCAGGGCGACUUCCGCAAGGUCAGCGGCAUCAGCUCAGAGAUCUUCCGCCAGAUAGAGGCCGUCGAGAAUGACCACGACCCCAACACGGCCGCGGCUCUGGAGGCAGUGGAGCGUCGCGGGGAGAUGAUCGUGCGCGUCCUGGAGCCGCGAUGCAUGGGCAGCAAGCAGGCGGUGGACGCCGCCCACAAGCUGAUGAACAAGGCGGACGGACGACACACAGUGCAGCUGGUGGAGAUCGUCAAGCGGCCUGGUCAGACGCUGGGCCUGUACAUCCGCGAGGGCAACGGGGCGGAUCGUACCGACGGCGUGUUCAUCUCGCGGAUUGCCCUUGAGUCUGCGGUUUACAACAGCGGCUGCCUGCGGGUGGGCGAUGAAAUCCUGGCGGUGAACCUGGUGGACGUUACCCACAUGUCCCUGGACGAUGUCGUCAUCAUUAUGUCAAUUCCGCGUCGCCUGGUGCUGGCGAUACGGCAGCGGCGUGGCAAUCGCGGGACAGGAUCCCCCGGACCGCCGACGCUCUCCCGGCCGGAACAGAAACCGCCACCGGUUGUUGUGAUCAAGCGGGAUCUGCGGGACGAGGAUCUAGACGAGACGGACCGGAUGCCGAGACCGCGCUCAUCACGUGAAAGACGUACAGGAGAUGGUCGCGAAAUGACGGAGUCGCGAUCUCGCUUAGGUCUGGGGCUCAACAACUAUAGUCCGCAGUCAGAGCAACUGGAUAUGUACUACAAUACCCGCGGCGGAGGCGGAGGCGGAGCCAUGGGUGAGCCGCCGAACUGGGGCUACAAGCCACCACCACCACCUUCUUCGGUGAUUACGGAGCAGCCGACGAAAGGCCAUGCUUUUGCUCCAUCGCACGCUUACUACCAGAAUGCUGGCACCCUGGAGAGCCUGGCGGAGAAGGUACACGCCUUCUAUCCCGGACAGCCCGGCGCUCCGCCUGUGGGUCCCUCGAGAAGAAUGUCCACGGGCACUGGCAACGUAGGUCUCGCUCAACAACACGCCAGGUUCCCGCGGUCUGGUUCGGAUCAGCAUUUACCUCGCGUUGAAUAUGCGGACUACUCCAACUCCCUGGGACGGCAUUCCCUUCUGCGGUCGAGUUUGAAGCCAGGAACGGCUGGAGGAGCUCCAAUGCCAGUGGGAGUGGGUGGCACUCUGGGCCGAUACGGGCGCUACGAUCAACAGAGAGCAGGUGUAUCCAAGUACGGUCCACCAGCUGGCGGAGCUCAGUCGCUGACCCGACGCUCCCGACCAAAUCUGGACUAUUCCAGCGAUACGGAGGCUACAAUUGGACCGAGGCCAAGUUACUACUACUAUAACAGACCCGCCAUCGGCAGCAUGCCAAGGGGAGCGGGUGGAGCAGGCGGAGGAGUGGGUGCAGCUGCCGCAGCUGCCUUGUUGGCCGGAGCCACGGAUCUCAAUAAAUUCAAUUCGUUGCCCCGGGAGCGACCAGGAGUAAGACUGCAGGGCAUUCGCUCCAGGAUGGGAGACCGUUUGGUGGAUGAGAACGAUGGCAACACUUCAGCACCCGAAUUCGACGCGAGGAGAGGCAGGGACCUGCGGCAGCGGAUAACCGCCAGUCCGUCGAUAUUCACGGCGGACGAGUAUCGCGCCUGGCUAAGAAGGGCACCUAGCAGCUCUGCGAUUGCGGAACAAAUGCGAAUGACUCGGGACAUGUUUGCGCAGCCGCGAGCUCAGCGAUUCUCCUGCAGCGCAGAGAACAUCCACGAUGCUCUGAGGAAUACGGAGAGCAUCUACUCGAGUAGAACCCACAUCCUCGGCACGGGAACUCUCGAUCGGAACAUGGGUCUUACUCGGCCUAUUUCUGCACUACCCGUGAGAUCUAUGUCCUCGCAGCACAUUGGAGGAGCGGGAUCCAUUCGUUCGCCCAGCAUACGACGCAUGAGGCAGCUACUGGAACUAUCCGCUGGUCCUGCUAGUCCCAGCGGAAGCAUCCUUAGCACAGGUGGCCACCAGAGUCCGGCACCCACACCAAGUGCAACGUUGCCACGCCCACACCGCCAGAUCGACAUCAACCCGGCGGAGUUUGCGAAAUACAAGCUGGAUAAGCCCAUCGUGGAUAUCGGAGGGAUCUCCGGCAUGUUGUGGAUUCAUUUGCUCGCAGGUCGCGGCCUCAGAACAGCUCCAGAGGGAGCGGGAGGACAAGCGCCACCAGGCCAAACCAGAGACCUCUAUUGCGUCAUCGAGUGCGAUCGCGUGCACAAAGCGCGCACCGUGGUGCGUUCCGGUGACCUACAGUUCGACUGGGACGAGUCGUUCGAGCUGGACUUGGUGGGCAACAAGCAGUUGGACGUACUAGUCUACUCAUGGGAUCCGCAGCACAGGCACAAGUUGUGCUAUCGAGGGGCCAUCUCAUUGUCGUCGAUCCUCCGGCAGUCUCCACUUCACCAGCUGGCUUUAAAGGUGGAGCCUAGGGGCACAAUAUACAUUCGCAUGCGACACACGGAUCCACUGGCUCUCUACAAGAGAAGGGGAUUGCCCAGCUUGAGAGCUGGUUACCCCACGCUCUUCGGCGCCGACUUGGAAACGGUGGUCAACCGGGAGUCUAAGAACGCGCCCGGAAGUGCACCAGUUCCCAUCGUUUUGAGGCGCUGUGUGGAGGAGGUGGAGCGCCGGGGGCUCGAUAUAAUCGGGCUGUACCGACUGUGCGGCUCCGCCACCAAGAAGCGACUGCUGCGCGAGGCCUUCGAGCGCAACAGCCGUGCCGUGGAAUUGAGCCCGGAACAUGUUCCUGACAUCAACGUCAUCACCGGCGUGCUCAAGGAUUACCUCAGGGAGCUACCCGAGCCGCUGUUCACGCGCUGUCUCUUCCAGAUGACGGUGGAUGCUUUGGCUGUCUGCCUGCCAGAUGACCCGGAGGGCAAUGCGAAACUGAUGCUUAGCAUUCUCGACUGCCUGCCGCGGGCAAAUAGGGCGACCCUGGUAUUCCUGCUGGACCACCUGUCGUUGGUCGUUUCCAACUCGGAGCGGAACAAGAUGUCCGCCCAGGCGCUGGCCACCGUGAUGGGCCCACCGCUGAUGCUGCAUUCGGCGAGUGCGCAGCCGGGCGCUGACAUCGAUCACGCCCAGCCGAUCGCGGUGCUCAAGUAUCUGCUCCAGAUUUGGCCGCAGCCGCAGGCGCAGCAUCAGCAGAUGGCGCAGCACAUGGGCGGCGCUGCGGGGGCGAUGAUGGGCGGCUUGGCCACCGCCGGCAGUAUGAGCAACAUGGCCGGCGUUGCUUCAGGUCGGCGCGGCGAGUCAACAGGGCAGCGUGGAAGCAAAGUCAGUGCGUUGCCAGCGGACAGACAGCAACUUCUACUGCAGCAGCAGGCGCAGCUCAUGGCGGCGGGCAAUCUUCUGCGCUCGUCCACUUCGGUAACCAACAUACUCUCCCAAGGCCAUCCUCAGCUCUCAGCCACAGCCAACAGUCAUCUGUAUCAAUCAGUAGUGGGUCAGUUAGCUCAAUCGCAUCGAGCCUUGCAACAAGCGGUGCAACAGCCCUAUCAAUUGGGGGGCUCAGUGGGCUCAGCAAUUCCCGACCAAUCGCCACUGCCACUUCCAGGCACACCCUCCCCCGGCAGUAGUUCGGCGUCGACGGGCUCGGGCUCCGGAUCCGGAUCGGGUAAAAGCACGGAUACCAUCAAGCGCGGUGCUUCGCCCGUUUCGGUGAAGCAAGUUAAGAUCGUCGACCAGCCAUCUAGCCCCUAUUCCAUCGUGAUGAAGAAGCCGCCGCUGCAGAAGGACGCGCCCGUAGAAAUCACCACGCCCACACUCCAAGCGGAGGCAGCCUCAUCCCUGGGCGGCUGCACUAGAGACAAGGAAAGCAAUGGGACAGUAUCUCGCCGGGGAAAUGUGGACUUCUAUGAACCGCACAAAGCGCAGUCCAAGAGUUUGGUGACCGAAGAAUCCAGCUACACCUCCAAGUACUCCAGCUUGGAAGCUAAGAAGAGCAGCUUCGGCAACAGUAGCUACACGCCAAGCAAGGCGAAUGCCAGUGGACUCUCCGCCGGCGAGGACUACAAAGCCAUGCGUAACAAGUCGAGCGCCACUUCCAGCUCCAGUUCGUCCCAGGCCACGGUUCUGAGUGCUGGCUCGACGGCCACCUCAGCCCCGACCACCUCUUCGGACGAUUCGGAUGAUCUGGUCUCCUACAAGUCCUCGGCCUCCACAAAUGCUUUGCUAGCCCAAUCGCAGGCCAUGACCACCAGCCAGCUGAUGUCCAAGUAUCUAAAGCGGGAGCCACGGGUGCAGUUUACGCCGAUUAAGUCCCCGGACUCGCCCUCACCUCCGGGAGGGGGCGACGGGCUGCCCAAGGGCACUUACCAAUUGGUCACGCCAAGCUCGGGAUCAUCGACCAAGCCGGGUGCUACCACUGGAGCUAUUAGCAAGUACACCACCAGCUCAGCGGACUCGAAUACAAACACAAACAGCCAGAAGUUGUCAUCGCCCUCGCGACUGUCCAGCAGCAAAGAUAGCAAUACAAAAACGGGAACGGUCAGCAGCACCACUGCUUCGUCUUCGCUGGUUUCCACUGGUCGUCGACUGUUCGACAGCCUGGCCUCUUCAUCGUCCUCGGAAACGGAGACCAAGACAUACAUAGGUGACACCACUGCGGCUAGUGGGGCAAGUACUACUGUAUCCUACACUAACGACACCAGGAACUCCGGCAGCAGUGGCAGUAAGUCGGGAAUGGGAGGGGGAUCUGGGUUGGGAGCGGUUUCGGGAGCAAACUCCGAGGGCCGAAGUUAUGGCAGUACGCUCUUCGGCAGCAGUGGUCUGGGAAACGGCAAUGGCAGUAGCCACAGCCACUCGAACGCCAGUCCGAGUCCCUUCACCACCACCAACGGCAACGGCAACCACAAUACCAUGCACCUGUACGGCACUUUGCCCAAAAAUGGAGCUUCCACGGGGGCAGCUCUGUUCGGCGGAUCAGCCAACAGCUCCUCGUACCACUCCGCUGGGAGUGGAAGUGGAGCAGGAACCGCCAGCAGCAGCGGGGUUAGUUCCAUGACGGGCUCCACCAAUAGCUACGACUUCUACACGAGUAGUAGCUCCAGUGGCAGCGGCUCGCGACCCUUUGCCAACGGGGGCAACAACUACCACACACUGGGAACCUACAGGGCUCAGUACGCGGCCACCAAUCCCUUCCUAGAUGCGUUUGAUGAGAAGCCGGGCAGCAAUGGGGGUAAUAGCCACGGGGAGGAGAAGCUAGGCGCGGACAAGGGUCACCACAGGGCAGCUGUAAUGGCGGCUUUCCAGUCGUCGGGAGACUCGAAAAACGGUAGCGAUGAGUAUGACGAUAUCAAGUGAGGUACGAAAAGUGCUAUUAAGUGCGGCUAGAAAGGAGGCAAAUAACUGCAACUACGAUUAUACGCGUAAAAUGUGCGAAACUAAGAGAUAUUUAAAUGAAAGUUUACUUUUAAACUUUAGUUCUCAUUCUAACUAUAUACAACAACUUGGAAUAAUUGUAAUUUUAUUUCCUUGAAUCUUUUCAUCAGAAAGGGCAAAACAUUAAAGUUUUUUCCUACCAUUUUCUUGUAAAUAAUAUCAUUCCAAAUCUUCGUGCAAUGCGUGCGUAUAAGCGUAGUUACUUAACGAAAGAGUACGAAAAUGAAUGCCAUACAAUGCUGAAAGUGUUCUUUUGAAGUAUUUACAGUUUACAAAUUUACAAGAUACGAAAGAUAAUCGAAUAUAAACCCCUAAAAAUAAACGAUAUGAAACGAUUUUGCAACCAGCGUCAAGUCCCUAUCCCAUGGAAGCCCAAUGGCAAUCCACUAAAGCAAGCAGAAUUAAAAAUUAUAUAGUCAUCGAGCUCUGUGUAUGUGUGUUUAUAAAUACUUAAUGGAAGCUUAUCAUUGGUAGCUUUAACACUUCUGUAACGCUCGACAGUGGGCAGCCAUUCAGCUAACAUAAAUCCGAAUUCAAUAAGAUUUACGAACAGUAUUUUUGAAUGAACAAAAACAUAAACUAAAGACCACAGCGUAUACAACAAAGUACAUUUAAAUAAAAAAAAAAAGAAAAUCUUAAACAAAAGGUUGAUCGCGCAUUUAAUUUUUACAAACAAACAAUCUCUAUAUAAACUUAUACGCCUCUAAUAAACAUACAAUUACGUUGAUAACAUAUUUUUUCGUACUCCCAUUUCGCAGUGAAAGCUGUAUAUAAAAAAGCUGCUAGUUCACCACUUCCUAGCCCUAAUCUAGCCACUGCUAUGUGUGUGUGUUUCAAUGUGACCAACUCUCUAAUCUGUAAAUCCAGUAUACACGACUAUGACAACCUAUCUAAAUUAACUAUUGGACGACCUUUUAAGCAACAUGUGUAUUUGCCUAAAAUGUUUCUCUAUGCAUAUUAUAUAUAACUCUAUAUACACGUGCAUAUGUGAUUGGGAGUACCGAUCGAUUCGGGCCACAGCGCUGGGAGAAACGUGUAUAUCGGUCAUUUCAGAUCAAACUCUCGAACCGGGUUCCCCAUAUGCAGACACCACACGGAUACUGACAUGCAAAAUACAAAUACAUGAAUUUAUUGACGAAUCGAUGUGCUUAGUUUUUGUAUGAAACAAAGUCUGAUAUACACACUAAUAUACACCAGUACAGUAUAAUAUUUAUAAACAUUUAAACAUAAUUAUACAAGCGAUGAAAAAAGUAACAAAAAGAAAAGUAAUGCUAAAAAUAUAUACUACAAAAAACAAAUUAAACAAGCUUUGCGAUUAAGGAGAAUUUUACAGCAGUUAUGUUUUCAAAGCUUUUUACAAUGUAUGACCAACUGUGCUUAAUCCCAAUCAUAUAGUAAAUUACAUUUAAACAAGCAUAUAACGAACUCAACCGCAUAAAACCAUAUAAACUACUUUCGAAUACAAAUGCUACGGAACUGUAAAUACCCAGAAAGAUAUUCACCUCUCUGGUCUGGUAGUCAAAAAUCGUCAGUUGAAGCUAGGUCCUAAUCAUAGGCUUCGCAGGUCAAUACACAUAGCUUACAGUAACGUAUUAUUUAAAUUAGGUUUAAAAUAACAGCUAGGCGAGAAGAAAAUAGAAAAGCUAAGAAAAUAGAUUCAGAAUCCGACAAAGAUUUAUGUUAGCAACCAAAAAAUGCAUAAUCAUUCGUCUUCAUGCAAGUACAACUUCCCUCAGCAAUUCAACAAAAUCAACUUAAAAAAUAGAUCUAACUUAUCAUAUUCAAAUUCAUAAUACAUUUCUCAUAACUAUUCAAAAUUAUAUAACCCCAUGCGUAAACGCAACUAUUAGCAAGAUUGUGCAUUAUUUGAUUUUAACAAUUAAUACGGAAUAGGGAUUGAUGAGGAGCCCGAGAACGCGUUGAGAUUUUAAAUAGCAAAUUAUUCAGUUAAUUGUUGUCAGAUUUAUUUUAUACGAAUGAAGAACAUUUGAAGUGUUAAACAUGAUUAUGAAACCAAAGAGUUAAGAACCACAACAUAGGCAACCAUAUAGUUGAGGCAAAUUGAUUUUUAUAUAGUGAAUUGUUAAUUAUUGCAUAUAGCGUGUAGAGUUUUUAAAAGUCAAAAAUAAAGUAAUGGCAAGACCGAAGAGUUUAUUUGUGGGGUUCGCGACACUCGAGCCAAAUUAGCUCCCCAACCUGUUUAUUGAUUUUAAGAUUUUAACGUCGUAAAUACCAAAGAAAAGUCAAUGUUACUACAGCUGUCGCCUUCGUUUUAAACACACGUAAUACUCUAAUGUCCCUAGUAGCUCCCCAAACCAUUUUUCUUGAUUUGUUCACCCCAAAAGCUUUAAUCGUUGAACGACCCGAAGGUUACAAAUUCGAGACAUAUUCUACAUAUACCAAAUAAUAGUAGCGGAGUAGGUGGAGGUUAUAAUGAGUAGGACAACACUUCGUUUUAUUUGCGAUUCGUUGUGGCUUCAUAGUCGUAGAUAGCUUAGGCCUAAGAUGUGGGAGCUGGUGGAGAAUCGGAGGUGGUCAGUUGGUGGUGCAUGGAACAACUGGAGGCUGCGACUGCGAGGGCGCCUGUUUUGGCUUUUGUCGCUUGGAGCUGCUUCUUUGAUCCCGGUCCUGUUCGAUAUGUAUUUGUACUUGUACUUAGAACUCGUAAGCAUACACUAUGGAAUAUAUAUCACUGUGUCAUAUCGUACAUUUAAAGCCAGUAAGGCAACCAAAUUGGAGGUGGACGAAGCAACCAGAAGAGGGUAAAUUGUUAACACAUAGUAUUCACUUAUUGAAGUAUGUAUACAAACCUAAAUUUAUAGCGACCGAGCAGCAACUACAUAAUAUACAUAGAUAAAUACCAAACUAAACCUUAACACGAUUGGCAGGCAACCAAGUACUACAAAUUGUAUAUGCAUUUAAUUUAGAAUAACUACAACUAACUAAACACUAAAUAACUGAUACGAAAACCAAUCCAACUGUUAGCUGGCGAAUGACAACGGCAAAUGAAUUGAUAAUACGCUAACACAUUAGGCAUUAAUGUUAGUUAACAGUGAAUGAAACAGAAACGAAAUGUAUUGCACAAUAUCGAACACAUAUAAAUAUUAGCGAAAGUAACUAAGCCUACGCAAAUAAGGCACAUACGAAUAGUAUCCGAAUACGUAAGCAAUGGUGGCAGAAUGCAGAUUCAGAUUUCAUUAAAGUUAUGUUCAAAGCUCGAUCUCGAAAUCGGAUCUGCAGUCGACCGAUUCCACGGCGGAAAUCUCGGAUAGUUUGAAAGGGAGCUCAGUUGUAUUGUUUGGAUAAUUUGGAUAAUGAAUACGCCUAAGUAUAUAUAAAGAAUGUGUGAAUUUAUGUAUGUAUUAAAUGUGCCUACACUUUCGUUUACUUUCGAACCACAAAGAUCCUUCCGCCCACGCCCUUGUACUGUUAAUUUCCGCCCCACUUUAAGAACCCUUUGACGCUUUACGGGGAUUUUUUUUUGGGUUUCGAGCGAUUUGCAAGCGAUUGCAAUUGAGAACAUUUUUUCUGUCGAACUUAACAAGUAAAUGGAGACCAAAUGCUCAGGGCUUUAGCGAGAUACAGUAGGCGUAAAAUACAAAAACAAAUAUGGGGAGACCCACCUAAGAACUAAGUGCAACACAUCACGAGCAUACUCCAUCAAACGUUAGGCCAAUGCAUUUUAGUUGAAUAUUUAGCUCUUGUCAUCAGCAGCAGAAGCGGCGGGUGCAACACCAACAUCAACAAUAACAACAGCAGCCACAACAAGAACAAUCCAGCAAACAAAUUUACAAAAUCCAAGCAAUCAAUUUGUUGAAAAGACUGAAAACCAUACAAAACAAAAAGAAAAGGAAACAAAACUAUACCAACAACUAAAAACUCCCUUGCAAAUGAAGAAAGGGUUCAUAGAGACCGACAUCAAUCCAAAAAUAUGCAAGCAAAAGUAAUUUGAAGAAGAUCCCCAGUCGUAUGAAGUGUCAGAGUUUUCCUUGUGUUUGCGAUUAUUUCAAACGUUUCGGUUGAACCAUUUUCUAGCGCGUCAUUGAACUUUAUCGAAGUAACAUAACAAACCUUAAAGUAAUAGUGAAAUAUUAGCGGAAAUAAUAAAAAUAUUACCACCAGCAUUUUGCUACCUACUUAAUAUGCAAGUUUAAUAAUAAAAUGCAAUAAGAAAUAGAUUAACAAAUAGUUCAAAACUUAUCGAAAAGAAGGAGGAAAGUUUUCAGGUAGGGAAGUAAACAAUACCGAAUAGAUCUAUCGCAGAAGUAUCACACUCUUUCCAGGGCGUUGUGCAAAAUUAAUACCGAUUUUAUUAAACUUUUAAAUCAUUUUCAAAAACCCACCAUAAGAGGAAGCGAACAAAAUAAAGCUAAAGUAAAUGAAUACCGUUUCCGUUUGCUAAACUUUUUUCUUCAUUGGUCCUCCCAUACUAAUGACAUAUGAACGAAACCCAAACAAUUAAUAGUUAAAAAACUUACAUAUGUAUAUAUCUCAAUAUCUUAUUGCGGAUACCCAUACCUAUAACGCAGACCCAGUGGACAGGAUAAUCCAAGUCGGUGCAAAACCCCAUCCUACCAACUGACACGAACGUAUUGCGAGGCGACAUUAGCGAGGAUUCGUUAGAACGGAUAAUACUCUGAUUUACCACUGCCACAAAGAAACAAACAAGUAAAUUGUAUCGUUAAUAUAGGUAUAAUAAAGCCGGUACAUUAUACAGAUACUUUGCAUAUAGCGUAAAAUUAAAUAUUGAGAAGUAACUAAUUUGACAAGUACACGUCGGAAAUUCAUUGCAAUUAUAUAGUAUGCAUUGGCGGACGUGCAUGCAGCGUCUGCGUGUAUGUGAUUGCCCAAUGAGCAAGUAAACUUAACGUUAUUAUUUAUUCCGAACAAAUAACAAUAAUAAUUAUCGCAUAAUUACGGAAAGCAAAAGCAAAUGCAAACUAAAACAGAAAUCGUUCUUUGCGUGAGAAUAAAGCGAUGUUACAUUAUUUAAUGAAAAUAUAUAUACAUAUAAAUACAAAUA